AUGGGGCCGCUGUGGGCCCUCGCCCUGGCCUCGGCCGUCGGCCUGGCCGCCGCUGGGCCGCCCAACAUCGUGCUGAUCUUCGCCGAUGACCUGGGCUACGGGGACCUGGGCUGCUACGGGCACCCCAGCUCCGCCACGCCCAACCUGGACCAGCUGGCCGCCGGGGGGCUGCGCUUCACCGACUUCUACGUGCCCACGUCCCUGUGCACGCCCUCCCGGGCCGCGCUCCUGACCGGGCGGCUGCCGGUGCGGAUGGGCCUGUACCCCGGCGUCCUGGAGCCCGGCUCCCGCGGGGGCCUGCCCCUGGAGGAGGUGACCCUGGCCGAGGUCCUGGCUGCCCGCGGCUACCUGACGGGGAUCGCCGGCAAGUGGCACCUUGGGGUGGGGCCCGACGGGGCCUUCCUGCCCCCCCACCAGGGCUUCCACCGGUUCCUGGGCAUCCCGUACUCGCACGACCAGGGCCCUUGCCAGAACCUGACCUGCUUUCCGCCGUCCACCCCCUGUGAUGGCAGCUGCGACCAGGGCCUGGUCCCCAUCCCGCUGCUGGCCAACCUGUCCGUGGAGGCUCAGCCCCCCUGGCUGCCUGGACUCGAGGCCCGCUACGUGGCUUUCGCCCGUGACCUCAUGGCUGAUGCCCAGCGCCAGGGCCUCCCGUUUUUCCUGUACUACGCCUCCCACCACACCCACUACCCCCAGUUCGGGGGGCAGAGCUUCUCCGGGCACUCAGGCCGAGGGCCGUUUGGGGACUCCCUGAUGGAGCUGGAUGCAGCUGUGGGGGCCCUGAUGACAGCUGUGGGGGACCUGGGGCUGCUCGGAGAGACGCUGGUCAUCUUCACUGCAGACAACGGGCCCGAGACGAUGAGGAUGUCCCAUGGUGGCUGCUCUGGCCUUCUUCGUUGUGGAAAGGGAACCACCUUUGAUGGGGGUGUCCGUGAGCCUGCCUUGGCCUUCUGGCCAGGCCACAUUGCUCCUGGUGUGACCCAUGAGCUCGCCAGCUCCCUGGACCUGCUGCCCACGCUGGCGUCUCUGACCGGGGCCCCGCUGCCCAACGUCACCUUGGAUGGUGUUGAUCUCAGCCCCUUGCUGCUGGGCACAGGCAGGAGCCCCCGGCAGUCUCUCUUCUUCUAUUCGGCCUAUCCAGACGAGGUCCACGGGGUCUUUGCUGUGCGCAGUGGGAAGUACAAAGCUCACUUCUUCACCCAGGGCUCUCCCCACAGUGACACCACACCGGACCCUGCCUGCCACGCCUCCAGCCCUCUGACUGCCCAUGAGCCCCCACUGCUCUUUGACUUGUCCGAGGACCCUGGUGAGAACUACAACCUCCUGGGAGGAAUGGCUGAGGUCGCCCCAGAGGCACUGCAGGCGCUGAAGCAACUUCAGCUGCUCAAGGCCCAGUUUGACGCCACCGUGACCUUCAGCCCCAGCCAGAUGGCCCGAGGCGAGGAUCCUGCCCUGCAGAUCUGCUGUCAGCCUGGCUGUACCCCCCGGCCAUCCUGCUGCCACUGCCCUGAGCCCCAGGCCUGA